GAUGCUUCUCAAAGUCAACUUUUUCCUUUGCCGACCACUUUUUUUUUUGUAAUUAAUAUAAUCCUAUUUUGAUGAUAUAUGAUAUGGCUUCCUUCCUUGUCUUUAUUCUGCAGCAUUCAUGGUGCUUUCGCUUCUGAGUUCCAAUGAUUUGAACUAUAUAGGGUGGGUCAAUGGAGUUUCUAUGGGAAGUUUUCACACAGAUGAACUUUUGUCUUCAUUUGCUAUAAAGAAGAAACCUUGUAGAGUCUGUCUAUAAGAUGGAUUGGUUGAGAAGGAAAACAAUCGGAGCCAAGACACGGCAGAGAAAUGUCAACGAGAAUGGUGCGGUUGUUCUGAAACAGCUGGUUGAUUGCUGUGAUGGAAAAUGCAAUCCCAUCAACAACUACUCUUAUGAUCAGAUCAUCAAAGCAACAGAUAACUUCUCCCAAAGUAACCGUGCUUCCCGGAUUGAUGUUUACUACCGUUGCUAUAAAGGUAUGCUCGAUGACCGCCCGGUACUCAUCAAGAAAGGGAAAUACACACUUGAUACCAAAGAGAUUUGCCGCGACAUAGCCAUCUCAUCGAUGGUCAGUGGUCAUAAGAACUUCCUCAAGCUAUUGGGUUGUUCCCUUGACUUCACUCCUCCUGUCUUAGUUUUUGAGUAUGCAGAGAUUAUAACUCUUGGUCCACUGCUUGCAUCUCACCCGCGAGAUCUGAGGAGGAUAAAGAUAGCAAGAGAGGUUGCAAACGCUUUGACUUACCUUCACACAGCAUUCUCAAGGGCUUUCAUCCAUUCAAAUCUAGACCCUUUCACCAUUUUCUUAGAUGGAAAUGGGGUCACAAAGCUGGGGAACUUCUGCAACUGUGUCCCAAUACCCGAAGGAGAGACAUUUGUUCAUGAUGAUACAUUGCAAAAAUACCAUGACUUUAGGCACAACACAUUAAAGGGAACACAUGGGCUUGGUGUAUGUAACUUACCUGUCAUUGAUCCGGAUUACAUAUCAACCGGAAAGGUCACCACAAAAACUGAUAUGCACAGUUUUGGAGCAUUCAUGCUAGCUCUUGUGCAGAUUAAGGAAGUUGAUGAUGAGCUAUCCCUCUCUUCGGAUAUGCUGAGAGCAUUAGCUGACUUGUUCGUCAAACCUCAUGACGAUGCUCGUUUCCCGCUUCACCAUCAUGUUUCUAAGAUACUGAGAAAGUUUGGGUAUGCAGAGGUUGUAGAUUCAGAUAUCAGUGAUCCAGCUGCUUGGCCGGUUAAAGCCUUUCUUAGAUUAGCGUUGAGAUGCAUUGGAUGCAGCAACUUAGGAGACCCGCUGACUAGCAUGAUUCAAGUGGCUAAAGAGCUCAGGCUGAUUGAGAAAUCUACAAAUUGGUGUUGAGAUGCAUCAAAUGAUUGCUCCUAACCAUAGUUCAAGAAAGCAAGAAGGAUAUGAACAACUUCUUAACUAUGAGAUUGCCGGAUUGAGCCAGUCCCGAGCAGUAGUGCAACGCAUGGGCGACUCGCGAAGGCCCAGAUAGCAAGCUACCUUAACGGGCCUUCUCCCUUAAAAGAGUUAAUAUCGUGUGAGCCGAUGGCCCACAUAUCAGAUAUUAAACUGAUAAGAACAGAUACUACACUUGAUCUUAGGCAAAAGGCCGAGAAAGGUAUGAUUCGAACGGUAGGCUCAGCUUCUUAUUUAUACCACAAAGCUUAUGACCAAUUUUCUCUAACUUGUCGAUAUGGGACUUUUAGAAAAAAACCCUUUAGUCUUCCUCUUUUCGUCAAACACAUAUGAAGAAGACAAAAUAAUACUACAAGUUCUCUUUUCUACUCAUCUUUAUUCUCUAAUUUCUCUGUGUUAUUUGCCAGUGAUCCCAGAAUUAUGUAAAACCAGAGGAAGAAAAAUGGAACUUAUAAAAAGCAAACUCAUUAAUGCUGCUUCCAUUGAGCUCACUAAAAUGAUGCUUGAAUUAGGAAGCUUUCUUGAAUUCUUGGUACAGUCUGAGCUGAUAAAUGUUUGUUUUUCAAUCCUGUUGUAGUCAGAGCAGUUCCAAGAUUUUAGGUUUUGUUUUUUCUUCCUCCUCCAGGUUUAUGAUUCUAUCUCAUUUGCAGAGUAUAGGCUGUUUCCAACGAUUUGAGCUCAGAUUCUGUUUGUAUUUAUAUCUUUUCUUGGUCUUAACUGACAUUAUAGAUUCCAGUAAACACCUUUUGUCUACCAUUGAGAGAGUUGUCAGAAGAAAAACAUUGUACUCUGAUGGUAUCUUGAGGAGGAUAA